CACUUCCAGGCAGACUAACUGGAUACAGGAGCCAUUCCUCCCCUCACCCUUGCUUCAUUUGGGCAUCCCUUUCAACCUCUGCCCCUUGAUAUGUGACUUCCUCCCUCCCCACUUUACAAAGUGCCUCCUCAUGGGUUCUGUUCACUCUGAGAGCUGACUCUGAGGGAGCUGGAUCAGUGUCAGGGACUCUCCAUGUGUAAAUAAAGGGGGGACUUGGUGACAGGAUACCAGCCCCUGUGAAGUUAUUUCAGGGUCCACCAGCUCACAUAUUACAACACAUUCACCUGGUCUGACAUCUCUAACCUUAAUUACUUAGUUCUUUGAUUUUUGAAAUUACAUCCUGGCCCUUUUGUUUUCUUUGCCUGUUAGUAUUUUCCCUAUUUAUGUUCAAUCUGAAAGCAACCCAUAACAAAAAAGAAAAAAAUAAUACAAAGUGCCUCCUGCUCCCCUUUCCAGAGAAACACCUCGGAACCUGUUUGGAGGGGGCUGUGCUGUCAGAGGGGCAGACUGGGAUAGGGAAGGGGGUAAUUUUAUGGUGUUUUUGUGGGAUGGAGGUUGGGGAGGGAGGCUGCAUCUUAAUCCCCACCCCCUCGGGCACAGAUCCCACGCUUUUACCAGAAGUUCAGCAAAGGAUUGAAAUCGUUCAUCACGUGAUAAGCGAAAAGGGAAGUUGCUAAAUCUCAUUCUUUCCAGACAUUUCAAGCUGACUCCAUUGAGUUUGUGGUCAUUUCAGGCCGGGGCAGUUUUUUUUUUAGUUCCCUGAACAGUGAGCACCAUGAGAUCCGGACGGAGCAGUCUAUAACCUGGUGCUGACAUUGAACAGUGCGGAGCUCCCAGUGUGAAGAUCGGCGCAGAUGUGGUGGUUUCAGAUCGGGACCUGCUGCCUGCCUGUCGCCCUGGUCAUCUGGUCCUGUGCUGCCUUUGUCAUCUCGUUCCUGAUCGCGGUACUGAGCCGGCAUGUGCCUCCCCUAGUGCCCUUCAUCAGUGAUACUGGGACCCAGCCUCCAGAAAGAUGCAUAUUUGGGUUAAUGAUCAACUUCUCUGCUUUUUUGGGUUUGGUGGUUAUGUACAUUCGAUACAAGCUGUUAAAGACCUUGAACGAGAGGACUCAAAUCAUCAAUCUCAGGCUAAACACUGCUGCACUAAUAUGUGGUGCACUUGGCUGCCUUGGAAUGUGCAUUGUUGCAAAUUUUCAGGAAACGGCGUUGAGAAUCGUUCAUGACAUUGGGGCGCUGCUGGCGUUUGUCAUGGGGACCGUGUACCUUAUUCUGCAGAGUUACAUUUCCUUCAAAAUGAUGCCUUGCCAUCACACCUUUUUGGUUUGUGGCUUUAGGAUAAUGCUGUCCACAGUUUCUGCUGUAGCCACUGUCCCGAUGAUUGUCUGUUACUUCCUCAGCAACAAUUCAACUCUGGAUUUGACACCAGAAGACCAGGGCUAUGGUUAUCAUGCGGCCAGUGCAGUGUGUGAGUGGCUGGUUGCAUUCAGCUUUAAUUUCUUCUUCCUAACUUACAUCAAGGAGUUUCAGAUUCCCUAUAUCCUUCGUGACAGCUUGCAACAUCUGGAAGAUGAAGUGCAGCAACUCUCCAGGCUUCCUUUGAUAGUACAAUAGAUCACAUUCCCCUCCAAACCACACAUUAACGUGACUUGGAACCAGACCUCUGGCGGUCUAUCUAUGCCUCAGGGACAGCCAUGCAGCUCAGCACCACCUCCUCAAGGGCAGUUAGGGAUGGGCAAUGCCCACAUCACAUGAACAAAUAAGGAGUGGUACUUGACCAGGUCGGUUCCUCCAAGCUGUGCCACUGGAUUACCAGAAUAAAUGUUGCUGGGCAUCUCGGACUGGGCUCCCAAGUUUUCAUCAAUACUUCCCCUCCAAACUUUUCAUAUAAACACAUUCCCUUUAUAAUAAGUGGAAAGUCUCAGCCCUUCCCCUCUCCCAUCCCAAUCUCAUGGAAUUCUCAUUACUUCACUCCUUACACCAAAGCCAACUUGUUUGUUUCCUCAUUCUUUGCUGUUCAAGCAUUCCUGUGCACCCAACUGUUACUGAGCUAGGAAAUAAUUAGUCCAGAAACUACAUUAAAAAUUCUUAAAUUGAGAGAUAUAGAAGGGAACAUACUCUCCCCACUUAUUACCCUGCUGUUCCCCUCUGGAGAUAACCGUGGUGGAUUUAUAGCUUGCUUGUCUUUAGAUGUGGCACCCCCAUUGUGUUGCCCAUCCCUGGCUUAAUCUCCAGAAUUGAUGGUUUCUCUUGGAAUCACUGAGAGUGCUUGGAUAACAGUCCUAAAGUCUGUUUAGUUUAACAGUUAACAUUAACCAGGGCAGAGACCUUUGUGAUUGGGUCAUGAUCAGAUUGAGGUUGGGAACAGGAACCUAAGCCAUUAGCAGGGGCCUGUGAUUUCCAUCCCUGGCACAGGCAUUAGACAAGUUGGCGUGGGAAACUGAGUCACAUAACGGAAAAGAGGCCUGAACUUUUAUAAUCUCAGCAUAUCCCAGAGUGUUUCACAGCCGAUGAAGUCUUUUGAAAUGUAGUUACCACUGCAAUGAAGGAAGCAUAGUAGCCAAUUAAUGCAUAGCAAGCUCCCACGAAGGAGAUAAUUACCAGUAAAUUUAUUUUGGUGAUGUUGAGAGAGAUCCAUUACAAUUCUCUUCGUUAAAGGAAUGAUCCAGUUGGAUUUUCACAACAACUUCACAGUCACUUGUAAUGGCAAGAGACAAGAAUUCUGAAAGAUUAAAUCCACAUUUAUAAACUGUCUUGGUGGGAUUUGAACUGGAUUUAUAGUCAAGCAUCUCCUGUACCGUUAUGACUAACAGAUGAAUACUGUUGAAGGAAAGAUAAGUGAAAAGAUGACCAAAAGCUUGGUCAAAGAGUGAGGUUUAAGUUGGGACUUAAAAGAGCUUUGGGGGUUGGGUAGAGGGGUGGAGAUAUUUAGAAAGGGAAUUCCAAAGGUUAGGCUAGGCAGCUGAUUGUGAGUCAAAAAGUGUGGUGCUGGAAGAGCACAGC